UAUGCCCUUUUCUUUUGAUUUCUCGAAGAGCAUUCUCAGCUAAUAAACCCUAACAGAGCCUUCAAAUCCUGCAAAAUAGGAAAAAAUUAACUGAACAGUUCUUCUCAAAACCCUCAAAUCCCGUAAACGAAGGAUGCACUACUUCACGUCUCUUCAUCAUGCUCCCAAAAUUCAAACUAUUUAUUCCAGUUUACAGAAGCUUGAAAUCACAAAUCGUUCCUUCCUUCUUCAGUUAAGAAAGAAGUUGGAAUUAUUUUGGGAUUUUCUCUGUAUGCUGCCAAAUCGAAGACAAGCUAGUGAGAAAGUCAGAAGUUUGCCAGAAUACAUUUACAAAUAUAAUUAAGGAUAAGGUGGGUGAGACUUCAACAUUAAGGAAUGAAGAAGGUCUUGAAGUAGAUGACAGAGACAUGGAGAGAAACACAACCGCAAAUGGAGAAGAUGAAGGAGAAAAAACUAGUGAAGAUGAAAGUGAAUUUAUUGAAAAUGGUUUCGGAGGAGCAAUUACUGAAAACUUGGAUAGAAACAGUUGGUGGAACUAAAAAAGGAAAAAUAUAUGGGCUUGGUUCUAGAAAUUGUUUGCUGGCAGAUUCUUUGAAUUCUAAUUGUGCAUCUUCCACUGCUCAGAAUCCUUCAAAUAUUCCUACUCAACAAAUAUUUGAAACACCUGAAUUUCAACAACUUCUUGAUCGUGUGUUGGAGCAACGGAUGACGAAUAUGCAAGAUCAUGUGCAAAUGGAAAUUCGAGAAAAUAUGGAAGCUCAAGUAACUAUUGCGGUUCGUGCUGCUGUGGCUCAGAUGCUGGGUGUUACUCCUCAACCACCACCAGAUGGAUCUGGUUCUACCCCAAAUCCUUAGAUAACUUAUGUUAUUGUUUUUAUGUUUUAAGACAUGUUUUAGCUAGUAAACAUGUACUUCACUAUUCAAGGAUUGAUGAUAUUUUGAAAAAUUGAUUAGA